GUCGCAAGCCUUCUCGAGUUGGCAUCAUAGCCCUUACAAGUGAGACUGGAGAAAAGAGUGGGAUAAGUGGACUAAUCGAGCGACAGGCGAAUCAGAGUUUGUCAUGCGGGGACAGGAGCUUUAGUUAUGUUUGGACCCGUUAAAAGGAAGCCUAUGCAUUGCAUAUUGGAACUUUACAGCGGGGCUUGCUGAAACGCCCGGAGGAGCGUGCUCAGCGUGUGUCUCUCCUCCGUGAAUGUGCUGGCUCAGAAAGAGGAAGGAAAGCCCUUAACUGCCAAAUUUGGCAGCCGGGGAGGAGAAAUGCCAUUUUCAGUUAUUUUGCUAGGGAGCGCAGGCAGACGAGACUGGGAGUAAUAUUUGCCCGGCAGGACGUUGCCUUUUAACCGAUGAAAACCGGGGCGGUUAAAAUGUUGAUUUUCUGCGAAUUAUGGCAAAUGGAACAGGCACGAUUAUGCUGAAAUGUGUGGUUGUUGGAGACGGCGCUGUCGGCAAAACUUGCCUUCUGAUGAGCUAUGCCAACGACGCUUUUCCAGAGGAGUAUGUUCCUACUGUCUUUGACCAUUACGCAGUUAGCGUUACGGUCGGAGGAAAACAGUACUUGCUGGGACUGUAUGACACCGCCGGCCAGGAAGACUACGACCGUCUGAGGCCUUUAUCUUACCCGAUGACUGAUGUCUUUCUCAUCUGCUUCUCGGUGGUGAACCCAGCCUCCUUCCAGAAUGUACGGGAGGAGUGGGUGCCCGAACUGCGGGAGUACGCGCCCAGCGUGCCCUUCCUGCUCAUCGGCACUCAGAUUGAUCUUCGAGAUGACCCCAAGACCAUAGCAAAGCUGAAUGACAUGAAGGAGAAGCCCAUAGCCACUGAGCAGGGACAGAAACUGGCCAAGGAGAUUGGUGCCUGCUGCUAUGUGGAGUGUUCCGCUUUAACGCAGAAAGGGCUAAAGACUGUCUUUGACGAAGCCAUAAUCGCUAUCUUAACCCCAAAGAAAAAUGCUCUGAAAAGAAGAUUGGGCUCCCGAUGCAUUAACUGCUGCCUCAUUACGUGAGAGAGGGAAGGAGGAAAGAAAAUGGAAGUGACAGAAAAGAGGAAGAGAAAAACUGGAUACACCUUACAAGGUCUCCCAGAAAGACUGAUCCACAGUACAAAUGGACAGAGCUACUGAAAACAAGCCAGUGUGCUCUGCACAGCUCUUCAUCAGAAUCCGCACAGGAGACUAACAUUUUCUUUUAAAGGAGAAAACAAGGGAAACAUUAACCAAAGCUGCAUAAACUUUUAUUUUCCUUACAAAUUAAACUGUUACCAGUCAAUUCCAUCAAAAAUACAUACAAAUCCAACAAAAUUAGCAGCUCAGAAUCCCCUCCCAUCCAGUCCCAAAUCUAGCUUUUAAAUACAUUUGUCAUUCGGAUGAACUUGUCAAUGGCUUUUAUAAAACUCUUGCCACUUGAUAUGCUGCUUCAAAAGUAGUACAAAAACAAACAAGAGCUGGCUUUAAUCCAUCUUUAGUUUUAUAGGAGAUGAUUUAAGGAAA